AUGAACGAAUGCCAAGCCUUCGUCCAUGCCGAUCGCACCCUGCCCCAAAAAGCAGGGAAUCAUGAUGGAUCAUCGUGGAUCUCCGGUCACCGUAAAAGUCCCACCCCAACCGGCACAGGGGGCGGCCUCUUUUCGGGGCGCCUGACCGCUGCGCCCCGGCCGCAGGUGGCCGACGCUGUCUACUGCUUCUGGCAGCAGCGACAGAGUGGGCAGAUCUUCGGCGCAGCCAAGAUGAUCCAGCAGGCUGCCUUGUUCCAGCUGCUUUGCAUGGGCUGUGGACCUUGGUGGCCAUUGCCCUUUGCCUUGGAGGAUGUGUGGUUGAACUACUUCCUGGCAGUUCAGUUGGCAGUGCAAGUCAUGGAGACGGCCAAAGCAAGCCACCCUCGAGCAGAAGGAGCGGAAGGAGUUCCGCCCAUGAGGAAACUGCGUCACCUCCUCCAGGCGCCCCUCUGGCAGGCCCAGGCAGCCGACGCCUUCUCCGCCGCGGGGCCUCCGCGGGAUUCUUCGGAGCUGCUGGGGCCGCAGGCGGAAGCGACGCCAGGCUGGCACUUGUGUCCCCUGGAGCUGGGAGCUUCCCGGUUGAGCUCGAGCUCUGGACCUGGGCGCUUCUUUGAGGUGUCCCGAGUCCGGGGCGGGCGCCUGAGGCUUCAGGCCUGUCAGUCUGGCGUGGUGUAUGAGAUCCCAACAAGGCUGCAGCGGCACAUGCGCCGCGGUGACGGCCCUCCUUCACGCGACCUCGGUCGCCUGUUGGUGUUGCCACUCUCAGACCUGUCCUUCCACCUCUCCGUAGCCGUGCGGACCUGGUUUGGAGGUGCGUUGCUGCUGGUGCACCACUUCUUGGGUGGGCCCAAGAACGUGACCAUCUUGCUGGCGGAUCACUGCGAGGUGAAAGACGGAUUGAACCUUUCGAGGGCUCAGCGCUAUGGAGGCAAUCAUGGCGGCUUUGGCGUACGGCAGCGUUUGGGCAAGCUGGGACCGCUUUUCUCUGGCUUGUCAAGCGUACCUCCGAUCUGGCUGUCGGGAGGGGAGCGCGUUCGCGGCGUGGAACUGAGCUUCAGCUCGACGGUUUGGGGCUUUCCGCCAGUGGGCACGGCCCAUGGCCGCCGGUCUGAGUACGACUGCAGUGGCCGCUUUUGCUUUGGCCUCCGACGUCUCUCGGCCUCCAACAACCCGGUGAUCACGUUACGUUCGCCCCUGGACCAAUGGCUGACACCGCCCAGGGCCACCUCUGACGCCGAUGGGCCAUUGAAGCUUUUCCUGGUGCAACGUUCGCGUGACCUGUCCCGACGUCUGGUGGCACCGGAACGUUUGGUGAAGCUCUGGUCGAGCCCGCGGUUCGGACGUGUUCGGAGCGUCCUUUGGCGCCCCGAGACGCAAAGCAUUCUGGCGCAGGCACGAACACUGGCCCAUGCCGAUAUGCUGGUGGCGGUCACCGGACAGGCCUGCGGCUUGGGUGUCUUCCUGCGCCGGAAACGCAUCUUAUUGGAGUUCUCGCCGGCCCUGGCGGGGUCCUAUGGCUGCCGUUGGGGAUGGGAUAUGAACCCCACCACUGAGGUCGGGCAAAUUGCCCGUUUGGGAGAACUCCAUCACCACUGCGUCAUGGCCGCGGCCGUGGGGGUGGCUGCAGGGACGCCCGCCGACGCCCAGAGGAGCGCGCUGCUGGCAUUAGCCGCACGGAGUGCAGGAGACCUCCACACGCGGGCGGAAGCGAGCUUGACAUGGCGGACGGCAGCCAAGGUCAUUGCUCCGACCGGAAGGCUCCGACGAGUCUUGCAGCAAGCGGCGGAGCUAGUACGGCGCCAGCGGAGACUCGAAGCUGCGGAAAAGACGGAAAAGGAUGGAGUUCAGAUGGAUUGUAUUUUGAUGCAUGUACUCCUUCAGAUGGGCAUUACACCUUUGACCUUUGACGGCUAUGCGAUCAAGAGCGUCAAGCUGCACCAAGCUCAGCAGCACCAGCUCGCCCGCGUGCUUUUACUUCCACAGGGACUCCACCAAGGAUCGCCGGUGGGCCAGAACGAGGUCUUUUGCCCAAAGUGUGGCAACGACACGGUGGUGCGAGUUCCCAUCCUCGUGGAUCAGGCAAAUACGUGGGUCCCCCGGGAGUCCCCCGACAAGGAAGGGCGAAGGUCGAUCUUUGUCCCCCGCCAGGAUGGGGUGCCGACGGUGCUCAACUCCGGACGCAAGUUGAGGACGAAAGGCACCGUCUUUUCCAUGCCCAAGCCGCAGGGCGGACGGGUGUGGAAGCCGAUCUUCGCCGAGGACGUUGGAGCGGAUGGGUGGUUCCAGCCUCAGCAGCAGCCAGCGGAUCGUGGCCGGGCCCGCCCAGCCUUGGGCGGCGAACGCCGGGCGCCGCAGCAGCUGUCCGAGGGCUGCCGCUGGGUGGGCGGCCAGGACGCCGAGAUCGAUGCCUCUCUCGUGAGCGAGUGUGCGGAAGGCACCGAGGGUGGCAAGGUCACUGACCUGAACUUCCACUACAAGUUUCUGCGCUGCAUCGAAGGCUUGGAGAGCUCAGCACCUCAACUGCGGAGUUUGGACCUCUCCUCGAACAACAUCCGUGUCAUGGAGAACCUGGGCGCCAUGCCGAAGCUUCGAGAGUUGAAGCUGGACUCCUGCCAGAUUUCCCGGAUUUCAGGACUUGAGAAAUGCCCCAGCUUAGUGAAGUUGCAUUUGGAAGACAAUGAGAUCAGCUCCAUCGAGGGCUUAGAGAAGCUCUUCUCACUGGAAGUCUUGAAUCUGGAGAGGAAUAAGUUGUCAAGGUUGGGACGAGGCUUAAUGAAGCUAAGCAAGUUGAAGGAGCUGCGCAUUGCGUUGAACGAGUUGACCUCGCUCGAGGGUUUGCAGGGGCUUGGAGCUUUGGAGGUCCUGGACGCGUCGCGCAACCAGUUGGAGACCUUGAGCAUCGAGCAGUUGAAAGGUCUUGGAAAAAUGGACGAGCUGCUCUUGGCAGGAAACCAAUUGUCCAGCCUGAACUUCCUGGGAGCCGGAGGCCCUCUACGGAUCUCAUCCUUGGACGUCUCAGACAACCAGCUGAGCACCUCUGCCGUGAAAGGUCUGCCAGGUCUGCCUCUUCUCUCCGAGUUGAUGCUCGCAGGGAAUCACCUCGAGGAGCUACCUGCAAACUUUGCCAGCAGUUGUCCCAUGCUGGAGAUCCUGGACAUCUCACGGAACCUUCUCACUGCUCCAGACCUGGAGGUCGAGAAGCUGAAGUCCAUCGCAAGCCUAAAGGAGCUGUGUAUCCAGGGCAACCCCAUGGCCGAGAGCGAGGAGAUGCCCAAGGCCUUGGCUUUGUUGGAAGGUUUGGAGUACCUGGAGAACAGGCAGUACGUCCCGAUCAAGUCUGUGAUGUUGGAGGAUGGAGAGGACCAAGGAACCUUUGGCCUGACCAACGUGGCGCCGCAGGCCGCUGCUUCGAGACCCGGCACUGCUGCAGGCACUGGCAGCCGGCCAGGCACUGCUGUCAGCCGCCCUGGCACAGCGGGCAGUCGUCCGGGCACUGCCAUGGCCAAAGAGGGCGUCCAGCAACCCUUGAUGCAUGCGCUCCCCAAGAGCUCCAAGAAGUGUGCUAGUUCAGAGCAAGUGACUUCAUGGGAGCAGCAGACGCUUUGCAGCCUUCAUGCCAUCAUGAAACAGGUGGAGAAGACCUCCGCCCAGGCAGACAGGGACUUGCAGGAGAUGCAUCGCUAUGUGAAGAAGGCACAGGAGGCGAAUCGCCUGCACGCGGAGCUCCUUGGGCGCCGGCUGGACUUGGACGUCUCGAUCCCCGAGGAAGAGGAGGCUUUGCAGGAGCUUCAGAAGCAGGAGGCUGGGACUGGCCCCGAUGUGGAGCAUUCUGGUGGAAGAGUGCUGCUCGACCUGCUCGAGCACCACCUGGGCGAGCAAGCCAACGACUGCGGGAGAUCCGCGGAUUCGGCCGACUUUGUGGCGCGGAUUUGGGAGCCGAUGGUGACAGCGGCCGAACUGGUGGGCCUUCAGGUGGUGCGGCCAGGCCCAGGUUUCUCAUCGUUGAAAACGAAGGAGAAGCCUAGGUCGCGCUGGUGGCACAGGGCGUUGCGCAUCGACUUCUAUGCAUGUCGACUGAUUUUGAUUUGGCUUCUGCACUUCCUGGACCUUUGUACCGACAUUUGGGUGGCUGUGGUGCUCAUGGAGGAAGGACGAGAGACCUUGUUCGCUUUGUCAGUGACCUUUCUGCUCAUCCCGACCUUGCUUCGCUGGGCGAUGACGAGCUUUACGAUGAACCCUUGCACGCCAGACUUCUUGGGGCUGCGCGAGGAGAAUCCACCGGUGUGUCCCAAGCUGGCCUAUGUGCCCAUUCUGGGCGAGCUUGUGGUGGUGGUGAACGCCAUCAAGACCAAUUGGAAGUUUCAGGGUCGAACUCGCCGCUCCAAGAUGGAGGAGGCACAAGACGUCUCCGGUGCGCUGGUGAUCUUGCGGAUGGUGGAGGGGGCCUUCGAAGCGAUGCCACAGGCCAUCAUUCAGGGCAUAGUGCUCUAUGAGGAUUUGGUGGCGGGACGCGUUCGCUUCAUCCAAUGGCAAUCCUUCUUCGUGUCCUUCCUCGCUUUGGGCACCAGCCUCUCUUCGGUAGCCCUAUACCACCAAAGCACUGCUUCCGAGGAGCGUCGGGAGCGUGACAGAAGGGAUGCCAAGCAGGAGUCUCACUGGUACUUGUUGAAAGGUCUCUCUUUGGCCUUGUUCCUCGCAGCGGACAGCUUUCUUCGCAUGAACGCGAUUGCAACGGUGCUGUACAGUGAGAACUUGGCCCUGUGGUUUCCCAUCUACCUCGCGGUGGUCUAUGCUGGUUUGCCAUUCUUACUAGUCACGGGUACUCUCAUCGCGGCAAUUUGCUGCAGCAAGAAGGACGAAGGCCGUCUCACAUGUUGCGGACACCUCUCCGUUUUUGCGAUUAUGUACACUGGGACGCUGAUCAUGUGCGGCUUCGCGUUUUUGAUCCCCUUGGACUUGGUGAUGUGUAGCACGAGCGUCCCACCAUUCUCGCUGCUUCGCUUGCUGGAGCACUUGGCCAUGAGCAUCUUAAGCCUUUACGUCUCGGCGCCAUUAACCUGGGUACCUUUCGCGGUGUGCAUAGUCUCCUUGCUUUCCAUGGUGCCUGCACGGCUGAUGUUGGGCCUUCCAUGUGGGGAGGACCUCGUCCUGAAGAAGCUUCCUCGCACCUGCUUCUUCCGUGUGAAAGUUACCCCUAUACAUGAGGAGCCAGAGGCAUCAGUGCCGCUGGGUGAUGAGUCUUGUUGGAUCAAGAAGGUCACCGAGCUCAGCUACCGGGGCUUCACCAUUGGGCAUCUCUUGGACUUUUGCCAGGUGUUAGGCAGCAGCUCGGUGAUGCCCCACUUCGAUGCAAGCCAGCACAGCACCAACGACGUGGUGCGUCAGGCGAUCAUUCCAUGGAGUCGCCUGGAGGGCAGCUGGAGCCAGAUUCAGCAGGGACAUGGUCUCCUCGCACGAGACGGCCGCGCAAUGGCCUCCUGCUUGGAGGGUGUGCCCAAACAGGCACAGGUGAUGGUGACGCACAAUUGGGACAACCUGUUCUCCCACCUCGUCGCCGCGACGCUGGCCAGCAUAUUGGAGUUUUGCACCUUUGACCACAUCUUGGCGCAGAUGACCUCUCCGGAUGGCCUCCAGGAGCUGCGAAGGCGAUGUGAAAAAGCAGGUCACAUCAACUUGUGCAUUUGGAUUUGCGCCUUUUCCAUCAAUCAGCAUGCCAGCAUUUGUGGUGGUUUCGGCCCUGCUCCGGACGACCCGGAGGCCUUCAGACACUUCGACCGCAAGCGCCGUGACAGGGUGACCCAAGAAAUCUACCGGACCUGUACGUGUACCUCUACGAAGUACUUCAACAAUGUGCCAGACCAAUGUGAGUUGAACAAAUUUGAUGCCAUGAUGCAUUUCUUGAACCAGCACGUGGCGAACUUCCGUCAAGUCGUCGCCGUGGACGCAGCCUUCGACCUCUUCAGCCGAGCCUGGUGUGUGGCGGAACUGGUGGAAGCCCGACGGUUGAAGCUGAAGCAAGUCUUGGUCGUCUAUAGCAAGGAGAUUGUGGCUGGGAAGACGGAGUCCCUGAAAAGCAUUCGGGUGCAGGAUUGCGAAGCCUCGCGCCGGGAGGAUGUUGAAGAGAUCUUGGCCAAGAUCGAAGACAAGGAGAAGUUCAAUCAAGAGCUCCAGCGGGCACUCUUCACUGACAGCGACAGCUUGUUCCAACAGCUUUUCCGUAGUCAGCUGGCCAAGAGCGACCUACACAGAGCCUUUAAUUCCAUGUGUCUGCCAAAGAUUGCACUCGCAAGCUUCUUGAUCAUCCCAAUGCUGUCCUUCUCUGAGAAGCAAUGCGAGAACCUGGAAUUCAGUCCUGACAGGUGGACGUGCGAUGAAGUGCCCCGAAUUUUCCUCGGACUGGCACUGGAGCUGGCCGCAGCUGCGGGUCAUCGUUGCCUGGUUGAAGCUCGGAUGAAAGGCUCUUUCUGGAUGAAGUGCGGACGGCGGACGUUCGAGCUGGACAUCCCAAACUUCGCUGCGUUGAUCGAACUGUUGGUCUUGGACCCCUUCUCCUACAAGGCCACUGUGCGGUACACGAUCCAUCGGCGGCAGACCGCCUCGGUCAUCAUCUCUUACCGGGUCGAGGAGGACGAGGAGCCGGACUCCACGGAGGCGAAGAGAGUCGAGACUCGGGGCACGGAGGUGAAGAGCAUUCUGUCGCCUUCCUUUAAGUCACCGGCGGCUUGCGCCGCACAAGCGCAAGCCGCGCAAGCCGAUGAGGUGGAGGAGGUCACAAUGGCAGUGGAAGUGGAAUCCAAUGUCGAUCCGGCAGAGGUGGAAGAAGUCGAGGAAGAGGUCUUCCAGGUGAUGCCGGCCAGUGAGGGACGGCCACCCGCUGGAAAACCAGGCUCCGAGCUCCGGGUGCAGAAGCGCGCCGCGCGGCGCACGCACUCGGCGAAGGCGCGUGGCCUCGGACCACGAGGUCCAUAUCCGCGGCUUCCUACAAGUCCUAGGACCGGAUAUCCGGGAAGCAGGUGA